UAUAACUUCUACUGCGCAAUGCUGCACGGCCUUCAUCCACCAGCACGGUUGCGUUUCUUCUGUGCCCCAUUGUCAGUAGCGGCCCCUCUCUUUUCACGCCAUACGCCUGCUGAUUGAUACCCCAGAUGCGUCUGUCCACGAUAUUGGUAACGGCUGCGUCCCUCGCUCGCACCUUCGGCCAGGAUCCAGUCUUCAAACCCUGUGUCGAAACGACUGCUAGCGGUGACUCAUUCACUGGGUUCGAGUACGCCAACGCCUGCACCACGUGGGCAUGGCUCUCCAGCGACGAGAGCACCGAGGUCAGCAUCCAGGCCGAUUGCUCGCUAAGGCAAAACUGGCCCAACGAUGUGGCCGUGUCAUACGUAUGCAUCCAGAUCGCCCAGGAUCCGACUGCAGCCGGGGCUGUUCAGAAUAAGUGUUUCUGGGCUCCUGAUAGCAGCACCAACAACACGGCAUGUCAACUCCCAGCUUCCCAUUGCCCAGGCGUUGUCAAUGCAUGGGGCUGGCGCAGAUAGUCAUCUCCCGAACAUAGCUAGCUUGUGGGACCAAACAUAACAUUGGAUAAUUCAACCGGAAAUCAGAAGCCAUCAGACAAUGUAUGUAACGUACGCUAGGAUCCACAUAGAACAGCAAGCUGUUAUGUCAAAACGCAAGAGGCUGGCAACUAAGCAAGAAGGUGACAAGGUGUUAGCAGUAACAAGACAGAGAUAACCCGGCUCCACUUGAGUCAAUCAACUGGCAUAAUUUUGACCGUACAGUAAAAGAGCAAAGCAAAAGAGGAGCAAGAGAAAGCGACAAAGAGAGCGCCCAGCCAUAUCCAAGCAAUUCAACUAGAGAAACUCACAUGUAAUGAAGUCAGGGUCUGUUCUAAUCGCUACAUGUAGUUCUGCGUCAAGCCAAUAUAGACUUAAUAUACA